AUGCAUUUUGCAAGUUGUUAUCCGAUGGAAAGCGCUUUUGCCUAGACGGAAUUGCCCGAUAGCAUUCUUCUGGAAAGUGGGAAACCCAGUCCUCAGCGUUCGCUCUCCGCGAACCGCGCCCGCGCAGCGUCUCGGCGCGGCCGGCGCACGCCAAGCUCAAGCUGGGGAACAGCUCCCUGUACGCGACUGCAGACAUGAGGCCAACACGAAGGAAAGACGGCCAAAGGCCAAGUGUCGGCUUGCUCUUGCAACAGUUCGAAAGGCCGCUAUUCCACGUCGGUAUUGUCACUGCGAGUAUCGUUCUACUUUUGGUUACAGUGGUCAGCUACGCGCGCUUGCCCCAACGUCUCGGCCUGCGUCAAGAAUGUCGCAUGAGCUAUAUGUGGCCCACGUACGCCGACUACACAGAUCGAUUAGCAUCACCGUCGGGCCUCUCUUCGAAGUAUCGCCUGCUUCUGUAUCGCGAAGGAUAUUUGGAGCCCAAACCGGAUGCCUUUCCUCCUAACGGCAAGCCUGCCCUGUUCAUCCCAGGCAACGCCGGGAGUUAUGGCCAAAUUCGAAGCGUUGCAAGCAGCUCCGCAAAGCAAUAUUGGGCGCACGACUAUGGCCAACAGUCGGAUCCAUCCGAGGUUCAAAUACGGCCAGAGUGGUUCGAGCGCCAAGGUGGCAUCGAUUGGUGGACAGUAGACUUCAAUGAGGAAUUCUCAGCUUUCCAUGGUGCAACUUUGGCUGAACAGGCGACAUUUGUCAACGAAGCUAUCAUCUUUCUACAGAACACUUAUCAUCUCUCCAACAACAGCGAGGUUCCAAUUCUCGCUCAUUCUAUGGGCGGUAUCGUCGCACGUCUUGCAAUCAAAAUCCCGAACUUCCAUGCGGGAACGAUCAGGACGAUCGUCACUCUGUCAGCUCCACAUGCGUACCCGCCUCUAUCUUUUGAUGCUGGCGUAAUGUCAGUGUAUUCCACGAUCAACAAGAAACCUUCAGAGAAGACAAGAACAGGGGAGGAAGUCUUGCUUGUCAGCAUCGCGGGCGGGAACCUGGACACUCAGGUGGCGUCUGAGUCGUCCUUGCUAGAUCUAAGCGAUGUCUGGCCCAGAGAAGCGCAGGUAUCGGCACUGACCACAUCGAUCCCAGGUCUAUGGUGUAGCGUUGAUCACCUUGCCAUCAUGUGGUGCGAUCAAUUGCGCUCACUGAUUGCACGUGGCUUCCUUUUGAGCGGUCUUCCAGCAUAUUCUGCUGGAACUGUACAGCAACGGCGAGCAACCUGGCAGCAUGCAUUGAGGCUUGAAGACCGGCUUGCUUUCACCGACCGAGAUGCCACUCCAGCUGCAAUCAAAGCUGUGCAUCACGACGGUGCUUCAACGUCAACGAUAACUCGGACCAUCGAUCUCUCCGACGCUAUGUCUGCUGGCAUUGAUUUGCUCACGAAUGCCCAUGCAGCCCCUGCUAUACGACUCUGUCAGCCGUCAGAUACCCCCUGCACAGAGCUAUCAGACGGCACGUGGACUCUCUUCCCACCCUCGCCACAUCCACCGACAGAACGCUUCCCCAGUGCCGAUGGGUCGUACGAGAAAACUGGUCUGCUCCAUGUCCGCGUUCUCCCCGAGACAAUACGAUCGCACAAUGCCUCUAGACUAGAGAUCGAUCUGCCACUAGACCCUCCUGCAUGGCUUCUCCAUGGAAUCGUUUCUUUGCCGGUGACAGUAGCAGGAAAGCCUGGCCUGCUUUCGACACUUGCAGUUCCCGCACCCAAGACCGCAGAGGUGCAAACCAACUCGUUAUCCUCUCAAGACGUGAUCCUCCCCGACUUCAAAUCCAGCAUCAUAUCCUAUCGACUCAGAUUUGUCGUGAAUGCAUGCCAGGCGGGCGGCACCUUCGACUCUCUGGUCCGCAUACAAAGUCUCGCAGCAAGGGAUCAAGUCUGGGUGCCAUCCAUGUCGAGUCAGCAGAAGCGCAUAACCAUCAAUUUAAUCGGGCGAUCGCCAUGGAUCCCCUCGCCUAGCCAAGUCUCCACCGGCUGGCAUAUCUCGACUUGGAGCGAACCUCAUUGUCCGCAGCCAUGGAAGGCAAUCGAAGUACAGAUCGACUGGGUGGCAUCUCUCGCCCAACUGGUAAUACGCUAUCGCUCGUCCAUAUUUGUAGUUCCAUUUGUCAGUCUGGCGUUCGCUUACUUGGCCGGGGACCAUUUUUCACCUUCCGACGCUUUGCUUGCAUCUGCAUUACGUGCAAUUUUGCCAUCUGCUUUCUUCACGGCAGCUUCGCUGAUCGUGAUUGAAGCCUUUAAGCGGUUCUCCGGUCGAAACAUGCCGGACAACCUGGGGGCUUCCCUUGAUGGUCUAACAACAUUUGAAGCAUUCUCAGUUAUCAUCUGGAUUGCAUCGAUCGGGUCAGCAUUUGCCUUCUUGGGAUCGCUGACUGCCUUGACUCUACGCCGAGUUCUGGCAUUGUGCUUGCGGCCGCAUGCAAGCAAAUAUGGCUUGAAACAGCCAAAAAAAGGAACUUUGACGCGAGCGCUCGACAUUAACCAUGUCCUGCCUUCCAUCAUUGUUUUGUUUCUCGUUUUCACCAUUCUCCCGCAUCAGGCCGUCCUCUUGGCUCUUUUCCUGGUUCAUCUUUGGACAGCUGCACUGGCUGAGGCAAGGGUACGGCAGCCCGGUAACCAGGCUUCAGCAACGAUCCGUCACUGGCGACAAUCGCAUUUACUUUUGAUGGCCUUGUUCUGGUGCCUGCCAAUUAAGGCUCCUGUGCUCUUCGUCUGGGUGCGCAAUAUGCUCAACGGAUGGAUUGUCUUUCAUGGGCUUGAGGGGAGCCCUUCAAUCAGCACAGACGAUCACGAUCCUUUGGGCAUGUUACCUCUGCUAUGGUUGGUCCAGCUCUUGGCUAGCAUGCACCCUCUCCUACCCCCUAUGCAAGGCUCUUUUGCGCGCCGUGGCUUGGUGAUUUCCCUACUAGCUGCGAGCUUCUUAGCUACACUAUUGGGCCUUGCGAGACCCCUCGUGCUCUACAACAACGUCGUUUUUGCCGCCCAGGCCGCCCUUGGCCUGCAGGCCGUCUUUUGGGUACGGACCGAGCCACAAAUCAACGACGAACGUGAUAGUUUGGACCUAGCGCCGCUGCUUAGUGACCACGUCGUGAGCGUUGAAGAUGGACAGCAUGGUCCGACGACCACAUUCGCAACGUCAUCAAUACCUCAACAGUUGCUACGACACUUGGGAGAGCAACGCGGUGACCAAGACGACGCCAUCUCCAAGCAUCUUGAUGUUGUUGACGAGUAUCUCGGCCGAAGAGCGCUGGCAAGCAAAUACCUGGCUUCAGGGUUCCUCGACCUUAGUAAGGCGAAAAGUCAAGGAGGGUUGUUUGGCUCAAGAAUCGGAAAUGACGGGUGGGACGGUCGUCUCAGAGCGCAAACAAUUUGCCAGAUUCACUGCAAUGGUGCACUGCUGUUGAGGGAGGUAGACGAUGACCGGGAUAACCUAGAGGAAGAUGAAACUUCUGACGGUGACCACAGCGAGCAUGCGAGGAAACGUCCGCCAAAGGUUCGACCCAGUCCUUUGUACCAGUUUGGCGGGUUGCCAUCACCAGCGCUGCGUCGCGCCCAACACGCAUUUCAAGAUGCGCUGGAGGCCUUUUUGGGACCCGAAGGCGUUGUCAAUGCGGCCCAAAAGUUGUACCAGGCAGAUGAGAUACUUCAGCGACCACUGUAAGAAUGUAUUGAACCUUCAUUCAUGCCUUCCUCCAUCGUU